AAAGCUUUAGAGUUUGGGAUCAGUUUUUCCUUACCUGAUGUCACCUCUGGGACUUUGGCACCUCCCACCGCCUUUGAAGUUGAGACCUUGAUUGGAAAAAUUGGCAGCUGCAGACACAUCUAGAGAGAUCCGGUUUCGGAAAGGCUGCUUUAAGGCCCCGUGAAAACAAAACCUCACUAAAUAUUAAUAAGUCCAUAAAAUUUUGAUUUCUCUCCCCGCUAGGAAUGAGGACAUCGAGCUAAUUCUCUCAGAAAACAGCUUCUGCGAGCCCCAGAUGUUGGCAACUCGCUACUUAAUGUACCCCGGAUGGUUUGAUGGGAAAUUUAGAGCCGGUUCUGUUUUCCCCCCCAUGGUCCAAAUUUGUGUGUGGUUUAACCGUCCUUUGGAGAAAAUGCGCUUCGCGGCCAAAUGUAAAGCUUUGAAGUCGUCUAACAAAUCGAGUCCGUUCUCUGGGAACAUAUACCACAUUUUUGGCAAAGUCAAGUUUUCAGGUAACUGUUCAGCCUCCACCUUACCCCCAUUUCUGAAUUAUUUUAUCCUCAAUCCCUGCAGGUGUCAUCUACGUACGUAUUUUUAAUGCUUGCCCUUGUGCUCAGUGCAUUGCAGAGUCUCAAAAUGUGUCUCAGUUUUGGAGCUGAAGACAGCACAGGUUUG